AGCUGUGUUAAUAUAUUAGUAUUGAUAGAGUUAGCUAGCUAACAUGCGUAUCUCCAACUACCACGUCGAAACGCAUUUUUCAAGUUGAUACUGCGUUCUCUAAGGACUUAUUGUAGCUAUUGUAUUGCAGCUAGACCCACACAAAGAGCUAGCUUAGCUAAUACCAUAUCCAACAGCAUAGCGUUAGCUAACUACAUACACCUAACCCUGGUCUCGCAACUUUGCCCUGCGCUGUGUUUUGCUGACACUGCGGGAAAGGAUGGUGUGCUUGCUACUGACGCUCUAGUCAUGUUUUUAAAGGCACUUUUAAAAGUUCACCUUCUGAAAGAGCUGUAGCCUUCUCCAAUUCCAGUGUCCAAAUAUUCUAUUCUACUCUAAAUCUGAAACAGUAAUUGGUGCAUUGUUCCUUCUUUUAAUAGUUCUGCACGGAAACUGAAAUGUAAAAAGAGUUUCCAGUGUGAUCUUCCAGAGGGAUCUUCAUGGAGGUCAUGACCUGUUACAACAUGUUCACAACGAGAACAUUUUGUAGAUAAGAGACAUACUAAAAAAAAUGGUUUCACUCGGACUCGGAGGCGUCCAUCUCGGCAACGUGGAGAAAGAAAAACUUGGAUCAGGCGUCAAGAAAACAAAACGUUAACUAGCGUUAACCAACUCUACCUCAGAGAGGAGAGAGAAAAUCACAGUGGAGAAACGGAGGCAUGACAAAAACUCAGUGAUGGAGUCUACAGUUAGUACAUCCACGCAGGUGCUUGAUGAAUUUGACCGCAAUGUUCCACGGAUAUGUGGUGUAUGUGGAGACAAAGCUACUGGCUUCCAUUUUAAUGCUAUGACCUGUGAGGGCUGCAAGGGUUUCUUCAGGCGCAGCAUGAAGAGGAAGGCCUCCUUUACAUGCCCAUUUAACGGAAACUGCAGUAUUACUAAGGACAACCGCCGCCACUGCCAGGCCUGCAGACUUAAACGCUGUUUGGAUAUUGGCAUGAUGAAGGAGUUUAUCCUGACUGAUGAGGAGGUGCAGAGGAAGAAGGAUCUUAUCCAGAGGAGGAAGGAUGAGGAGGCGCAGAGGGAGGCGCAAAAACCCCGCCUGUCUGAUGAGCACCACAGGAUCAUCAGUCUGCUGGUGGAGGCUCAUCACAAAACCUACGAUGACUCUUACUCUGAUUUCUCCCGCUUCCGUCCUCCUGUGAGAGAAGGUCCUGUGACACGCAGUGCCAGUCGAGCAGCUUCUCUACACUCACUGUCAGAUGCUUCCUCCGACUCCUUCAGCCACUCUCCUGAGUCUGGUGACAGUAAGAUGAAUCUCAGUAACCUGUUGAUGAUGUAUCAGGAGCAGGGCUCCGGCAGCCCAGAGUCUCCCGAGGACAACAGCUCCCGCCUCUCCAUGCUGCCUCACCUGGCUGACCUGGUCAGCUACAGCAUCCAGAAGGUUAUCGGCUUUGCCAAGAUGAUCCCUGGAUUUAGGGAGCUAAGUGCAGAGGAUCAGAUAGCUCUGCUGAAGUCCAGUGCUAUUGAAGUGAUCAUGCUGAGGUCAAACCAGUCCUUCAGCCUGGAGGAUAUGAGCUGGAGCUGUGGAGGGCCAGAGUUUAAGUACUGUGUCAAUGAUGUCACUAAAGCUGGACACACCCUGGAGUUGCUGGAGCCUCUGGUGAAGUUUCAGGUUGGCUUGAAGAAGCUGAAUCUGCAUGAAGAAGAGCAUGUUCUGCUGAUGGCUAUCUGCCUGCUCUCCCCUGAUCGCCCUGGCGUGCAGGAUCAUGCACGCGUGGAGGCUCUUCAGGACCAACUGUCAGAGAUCCUGCAGUCAUACAUCCGUGUGCACCACUCCGGCGGCCGUCUGCUCUACGCAAAAAUGAUCCAGAAGCUGGCAGACCUGCGCAGCCUGAACGAGGAGCACUCCAAGCAGUAUCGCUCACUCUCCUUCCAACCGGAGCACAGCAUGCAGCUCACACCCCUCGUGCUAGAGGUGUUCGGAGGCCAGGUCACCUAGCUACAGCCCCAACUGGCUCACAGGUCAUGGGGGGGUCAAUAGGCGUGACCCGAAGUGGGUAGUGUUGGAGAAGGUGUGAAUGUAUGGACAAUCACCCUGAGAAACACACAGAGAGUGUGUGAGGGUAGGGUGUGUGUGUGUGUGAGAGAGAG